ACACUCACACGCACGCUCACACUUUUUAUUUGCCAUAAUGAACCGUCCAGCCCCUGUGGAGAUCUCCUAUGAGAACAUGCGUUUUCUGAUAACUCACAACCCUACCAAUGCUACUCUCAACAAGUUCACAGAGGAACUUAAGAAGUAUGGAGUGACGACUUUGGUUCGAGUUUGUGAUGCUACAUAUGAUAAAGCUCCAGUUGAAAAAGAAGGCAUCCACGUUCUAGAUUGGCCAUUUGAUGAUGGAGCUCCACCCCCUAAUCAGAUAGUAGAUGAUUGGUUAAACCUGUUAAAAACCAAAUUUCGUGAAGAGCCAGGUUGCUGUGUUGCAGUGCAUUGUGUUGCAGGAUUGGGAAGGGCACCUGUGCUGGUUGCACUUGCUUUGAUUGAAUGUGGAAUGAAGUACGAAGAUGCAGUUCAGUUUAUAAGACAAAAAAGAAGGGGAGCGUUCAAUUCCAAACAGCUGCUUUAUUUGGAGAAAUACCGACCUAAGAUGCGAUUACGCUUCAGAGAUACCAAUGGGCAUUGCUGUGUUCAGUAGAAGGAAAUGUAAACGAAGGCUGACUUGAUUGUGCCAUUUAGAGGGAACUCUUGGUACCUGGAAAUGUGAAUCUGGAAUAUUACCUGUGUCAUCAAAGUAGUGAUGGAUUCAGUACUCCUCAACCACUCUCCUAAUGAUUGGAACAAAAGCAAACAAAAAAGAAAUCUCUCUAUAAAAUGAAUAAAAUGUUUAAGAAAAGAGAAAGAGAAAAGGAAUUAAUUCAGUGAAGGAUGAUUUUGCUCCUAGUUUUGGAGUUUGAAUUUCUGCCAGGAUUGAAUUAUUUUGAAAUCUCCUGUCUUUUUAAACUUUUUCAAAAUAGGUCUCUAAGGAAAACCAGCAGAACAUUAGCCUGUGCAAAACCAUCUGUUUGGGGAGCACACUCUUCCAUUAUGCUUGGCACAUAGAUCUCCCUGUGGUGGGAUUUUUUUUUUCCCUUUUUUUGUGGGGGAGGGUUGGUGGUAUAUUUUUCCCCUCUUUUUUCCUUCCUCUCCUACACCUCCCUUUUCCCCCGAUCCAAGUUGUAGAUGGAAUAGAAGCCCUUGUUGCUGUAGAUGUGCGUGCAGUCUGGCAGCCUUAAGCCCACCUGGGCACUUUUAGAUAAAAAACAAAAAAACAAAAAAAAAAACACCAAAAAAAACAGCAGUGAGAUAUAUAUAUAUAUAUAUAUAUAUAUAUAUAUAUAUAUAUAUAUAUAUAAAUAAAUAAAUAAAUAAAUAUGAUCCAGGUGGUUUUUAGUCUUUACUGAUGAAAGGGUGUUCAUGUUAGUUUCCUCAAAACCCUAUCUAAUACUAGGCAAAGUAGCCAAGAGCCUUUUGUUUUUAUUUUGAUAAAUUAGUGGAGAAAUGGCAUUUUAAGAGGAGUCUCUUCUCAACUUACCUGAGAGUCGAAUUCUUCUCUUCCCUAACCAAUGAAGCUAAGUGGAUAUCCCAGAAACUUGUCUUCUAAAAGGGAGGACUCCAGGCCAUCAAUAAAGAUGUCCAGGCAGUGAGCGUACUUUUUACACCCUGUAGAAUUGUGGGCUGUAGCGUUACUCUGAUUUUCUGUCUAGUAUCAGAGAAUGCUGGUAGCUUAAAAUUUUUAUUUUAGGACUUGUACUCUGAAUUUUCAGGAACCGUCAAAGGAGCAGCAGCAAAUUCACAUAUUUUCGACUUGAGAAAUGCUUGUGGUAUGUGUUUUCCAAACUGCCCCCUAUAUGUAAAGUUCAGUUUAACCACUGAUUGCCUUGUUAUUACUAGUUUUUUUGAGAUUAAAAAAAAAAAAAUCCCUGGUUUAAAACCAACAAUGAUGCCUAGUGAGUAUAUGUCCACAGGCCAUAACAGGGUAGAAGAGAGACAUCGUGCAACCCAAUGAGUAGUGAAGGGACUGUGUUGCUUGUGAAGCGGUGUAGUAGCAUUUUUGCAGAUUCUUGGCUGGGUUUAGUGUACUGAUCUAGAAAAGCUGUUUUUCUGCUCCUUUGUGGAAGGCAGUUAUGAUCAGGCUGCAUGGACAAAGCAGGUAGAGGGGCACCAUCAGGGGCUCUUGCACUAUUUUCACCUCUAAAUAUUACAUACUUAGUAGUGCCCUGCUUCUAGGGCUCUGAAUACGGGCUUAAAGUCAUCUUGUCCUGCUGGAAUUUGCUGUGCAGAGCCAUAAGCCUCCCAUUUUGUUAGCAUCAGCUAGGCCAGUAGGAACAGACCGGGACCUUGUCUCACACUGGUGAUACCUCAAAUGUUGACCGGCUAUGUGAACUGCCUAUUUCCUAUUGCUGGAGUUUUGAUUUUUAACUAAACGCAAAUCUGUAGAUUCUCUCUCCCAUCCCAGAAAACAAAACAAAAUAAUGCUUUUUGAAAUUGUUUUUAGGACUUUAAAACAUAAUGGUAUAUCCAAAAUUCUUUAUUUCAGAAUGCAACAAUAGAUUCCAUUAAUAUAGACUCAAGAUCAAAACAGCAUACCUGCUAAGCUAAGAUAGAUGGUGUUGAUUCCACUGGGUUUUGAUCAAUACAAUAACAAACCUUUUUCCUUUGACAUACUCUGAAUUUUGUUGUUUGGGGGGAGGGUGUGUGUGUGUGUGUGUGUGUGUGUGUGCACGCGCGCACGCGCAGUGUCCAUCAGUAUCAGUGCCUGCCUGAGUUAGGAAGAUUACAUUCUUGGUUCUGUAUUGAGGAGAAGGAUGUAUAAAGCAACAUGAAACAUUAGCCCUCCUUUUAUUUUAAAGACUAAUGUUAAUUGUUCUUAAAACUGGAUUUUUUUCCUUAAAAUUAAAGCAAUUUUUUUCUUUUCGAUUUAAUGAAGUAUUGCUAGCUGAAGCCAGUUUGACAUAGAGAGAUGUCAGAUUGAUUUGAAAGGUGUGCAGCCUGAUUUAAAACCAAACCCUGAACCCUUUUAAAGAACAAUAAAACAUAUUUUACACGC